AUGGAGGAGCUUCUGGAAACACUUAGACAGGCGCAGUGUGCGGUGCUGCAAGCACAGCGGGAUCUCAUCACCCUCCGCUGCGUACAGGAUGAUCAACAUGGCAGUACUGCAGGAACACCAGCAGGGCGAGAAAAUAAUACGGCAAUAUCACUGCAGUGUGCGGCACAAGCAAAGCAGGAAGAGGCGGUGCGCUACCUUGAGCGUGGUGCACACCUCUUCUGUUGUCUUCUGAAGGAAAAGUGCGAUAGUGAUGGUGGUAGUGUUAGUGCGGCACAGCAGAGGAAUAUGGAGGUGGCAAAGCGUGCAAUGCGGCGAUACUUUGAGGCGCAACAGGAUGCACAGCGGCGGCGGGAGGAACAGUUCCAGCAGCAACUCGCAGCGACUGAUCACCGCCUUACGGCUGCACACAAUGACGCAGUGCUGUUUGCGCAGAGGACCUCCGCGCGUCGUUUGGCAAUGCGAGUUAUGAACCGUUGGCUGCAGCGGACUCUCCAAGCCCGCGCAAAUCGCGAACGUAUUGAGGGAAUUCGGCAGUUAAACAAAACACGCGCAUCAGUUGCAAGCUGUUAUGCAUCUGUUAAGACAGGGAGAGAACUGCGUCUGCGGUGCUUCUAUCGAUGGAAAGUAAAGCGACUGCAUCUGGCGCUAGCGGUUCAACGUACUAGGGAGAAAGAACUGGAAGAAGAACUGCGACGUACCACGCGGGAAGUACAUCGUGCAGAAGCAAAACUAGAACAACAAGAAAAACUUCUUGAACUUGAGAAGUUGCGGGAAACUCGGGAUAAGAACAGUGAGGCCCGUAUAGAGCAGGAAUUAGAGGAAGAAAUUGCACGGCUUAAGACAACCAUGGAUGAGAUGGCAUACGAAUUCAGUGAACGUACAAGCACGUAUGUGCGUCAACAAGAAGAAAUGUCUCUACACUACACGGAACGGGAGCGACGCAUCACGCAUGAUGUGAUUAUUGCUGAAGAACUCUCUCAAACACAUCAACGAAAGGCGGAACAGCUCUUAACCGUUAUGACAGCGCAGCAGGAAUCAUUUGUGACAUUUAUGAAUGUUACCUGUACUGCAGUAGGUGAUUGUGUCCGCUUGAAGGUCUCUGCACUGCAUGAUGCAGCGAUGGCGAUAGUUCGAGAGUCUGGUUGCUACAUUUCAAAUUUGAUCGGAAAGGUUGCAGCGUUAGAGGAAGAUGUUCUUCUUUUAGCGCCACUGAGCGAGCGAGUACUGUUACAAGAGCAACAAUGCGAGGAAGCACGGCGGCAAAUCGAGAAGGGUGAAACGACACUCAGACAACAGCAGCAGAAACAGGAAAUGAGUGUACGUCACUAUGAAGAAACAACCGUGAAACUACUGCGGCGUAUGAAUCACUCUGUAUCUAUGUGGCGUACUUGGGCAUUAUGGCGACAAUACACAAUGCAGCGAAGGGCGUCGCGGGAGUCGCGUGCAGCAUGUGAGAAGAUAUAUGCGUUAAAAGAGGAGCAUGAACAAAUACGGGUAGAGUGGCAGAGCUGGAUAUCUUGUGAACGAACAAAGAAUGAAGCGAUGCUUCAUGCAACGAUGGAAUCGGCCAAACAGGUGGCGCAACAGCAACAGGAACAACUACAAUAUACCAUAUUGCAGCACUUAUUGCUAGAGGAAAAAAAAUGCCGAAGCUACAUUACUGAAUUAGAAAUAACUGCCAGGAAGUAUUUAAGGAGUGAAGCGGCACGUGAAGAGACAGAGUUACUCUUUGAAGAAUUCCGUGAGGAGCACUCGGUUGAGAUGUCUCACGCCGCUGAGCUGCGGACAGAAGCGCGGCAAUAUCUACAGCAGCAAUUAUACGAAAUGCACAUUCUACGAAUGGAUCGUCUUUUUGCUGUGGAGCGUGCCGGUCGUUUAUCGCUGCAGCAUGAUGAGUUGUACAUACGAUACAGUUUGCGUCAGCGAUAUGACAUUUCGUCUAUGGCAGUCCACAGACGGGCACUACAGAAGGCACGUGAUGCGUCAACUAUGGAGUUACAAGCGAUGGGACGACUCGUUGUGGAGUACUGUGCACGAGAUGCAUUUAGUCAUUGGCGUUUAUUCACAGAAAGACGUCGACACCGCCGUAGCGAGAGUCAAAUGGAAGCGAUAACUAUUUGGUUAGAUAACAUGUUUGAGUGUAUGACGGUAAAGAUGGAAACUAAGUUGGAUGUUUUAUACUCUUAUACAAACCAACUCUUUGAUGGUUGUAUCGCUGAUUUAACACAGAAGUCACUGAUGUUGGAUAAGAUGGAGACAGCGAAGGUCAAUUCAGAAGAAGCACUUGCCAAACUUGAAGUAAAUAUGUGCAUGAUUCUGCAGCUCUACAGUACAGUUUCUGAUGCAUUUAUGGCAACUGGUGCGGAUUGGUGUGCUGGCCGCGAAGGUCUAGUACUUGAGUACUGCCCUAAUGCGUUUUCUCAUGCCUUAGAGACCAGUGAGGCUCUUAUAGGCCUUCCGCAACCAUCAUGUGCAGCAUGUGAUCAUUACAAAGCAUUUGUAUCUCCACUUGAACAGGCGAUGCAUAUUUUUCUCUCAGGUGAGAGAGCAGCAAUGGCCGAACACCUGCGGGGUGUUGUUGAUCUUAUUCAAUUUACCGCAACGAAUGUUUUAGAGGAGGAGCAGAAGCAACAUGCAGAGGUGUUGGAUGAACUACUGCGGUAUCAGGCUUUUCUGGAAAGUAGAAUAGCCGCUGCGGGUAUUGUGGACGACGCUGAGUUAAACUGGAGCCGUGAGGCACGCAUACAAAUACAACAACAGCAACAGCAAAUAACUGAGAUGCGUGAACGUAUUGGUUCGUUAAUAGAAUCGAAACAAUAUGAGAAGGUCCGUCAUGAGGAGGAGAAACACCGCCUUGAAGGGGAACUGCAUGCACUUCAGCAUCGCAUGGAGGUGGAAAAA